UCUAAGGAAACGAAUGAAUUUGUCCUAAAAUCACAAAUUGAAGAAUCUUAAAACGCGCAGCGGGUUGUUUCCGGUGCUCUGAACGCAGCGGCUUCCGUAGCGUCACUCAGCGUCUGGUUGCCAUAGAGACAAACUGGCUUAAACCUAAAGGGGAAGAAAAACAACGACUCAGAAUGAAAGAAAGCAUGACGUCACCACGAUUGGGCGUGGUCAGAGAGUCCAUGCGGAAAGACCCGCUGCUCAUCAAGGCUCCGCUCGGGAAGGCCCGGACCAGAGGCCUGACCCUACCUGGUCCAGAUUUCACCUACGGAACCAGCAUCAACUCUGUCAGCAACGGAGGCGUGGCUCAGGUUCUGUCCAGCUGGAAUGUCCAGCCCAGAUGUGAGGACUCCACCCAGACCCUGGACUUCGUGUCCCUGAACCGGAACGCCGUGAGGUCCGGACUGAUUACGUCCAAAGAGCUGAAUCGGUACCGGCACCAGGUGGGCAGGACCACAGCCCAGAACCGGGCUUCGGGCCGACACAGGGGCGGGGCUUCUCGUCCCCCUCCGGUCCUGCCCGACGUCACGUUCGGCGUCAAGAACAGGCCCGCGUCUCCCCUCGCUGACCUGCUGUCCUACUCCUACGCUCACCGCUGGAUCCAGGAGCAGAGCAGUAAUCAAACCAGCAACCAGGAACACCAGGUCAAACCGGGUCGUGUUGCAGAGAACAGAACCAGCCUGCUGAGGAAAAACCGGUCUCUGCCGGUCCUACAGACCCCCUUCAGCCCGCCUCAGUGGUCUCAGGUCCCCCCGGCUCUCGACACCUUCAGGGACCCGGAGGCUCGUCGGCGAGCGCUUCAGACCCACCGCUCCAAAUAUGGGGUCCACAGAGGUCGCCAGGCUCCGAGGGACACAGUCUGAGGACAUGUUAGCAUUAAUGCUAACAGCAGGGUUCUGCUGUGGAACCUCAACAGAUCUGAUGAAGCUAAAUGUUCUCUGAGCGUCUUUAGACUCAGAUCAGUUCUGUUCUGUCCAAAUAUUUAAUAUUUCACAUCAUAAAACACAAACUUAUAGUUUCUUUAGAAUAAUCAAAGUACAUUCAUGACUUUGUUACUAAAGCAAAUUAUAAAUAAAAACAA